GUUAUUUGUCAAUUGUUUUAUUAGAGAAACUCACUGUUAAAGUCAUACAUUGUAUUUGACCACUGAUUUCGGUAUUAAAAAAAACUUUUCGGACAACAACUAUGUCGACACCAGUGGUCGACAAAAUCGACGACAAUAUUGAGGCCAUCAGCGAAGAUGUUCUACGAAUGGGAACCGAUGAAGUAGUUGGCCGAACACGACUUCUUGAUAGUGAAGUGAAGAUUAUGCGAAGCGAAGUCUUGCGUAUCACUCACGAGUUGGCGGCGCAAAAGGAUAAGAUCAAAGAAAAUACCGAAAAAAUUAAAGUGAAUAAAACUUUGCCGUAUUUGGUCUCAAAUGUUAUCGAAUUGUUGGACAUCGAUCCCCAAGAGUUCGGUGAAGAGGACGGCGCUAAUGUCGAUUUGGACGCUCAAAGAAAGGGCAAAUCAGCGGUUAUUAAGACAUCAACGCGUCAGACAUAUUUUCUACCGGUUAUUGGUUUAGUUGACGCCGAAAAACUAAAACCCGGAGAUUUGGUCGGAGUUAAUAAAGACUCGUAUCUUAUUUUGGAGACAUUACCCGCUGAAUAUGACUCACGAGUAAAGGCUAUGGAAGUGGAUGAAAGACCGACUGAACAGUACAAUGAUAUCGGAGGUCUCGAUAAACAAAUACAAGAACUGAUUGAAGCCGUUGUUCUCCCAAUGACUCACAAAGAAAAGUUUGAAAAUCUUGGAAUUCAACCACCAAAAGGUGUUUUACUGUAUGGACCGCCCGGUACUGGCAAGACAUUGAUGGCUCGGGCCUGUGCGGCACAGACUAACUCAACGUUUCUCAAAUUGGCCGGACCUCAAUUGGUUCAGAUGUUUAUCGGUGACGGCGCUAAACUGGUUAGGGAUGCAUUUGCUUUGGCCAAAGAGAAAGCGCCGGCCAUUAUAUUCAUUGACGAAUUGGAUGCCAUCGGAACCAAACGUUUUGACAGCGAAAAGGCUGGCGAUCGGGAAGUUCAGCGAACAAUGUUAGAACUAUUGAACCAAUUGGAUGGUUUUAGUUCAUCGACAGAUAUCAAAGUGAUUGCUGCCACCAAUCGGGUCGAUAUUCUUGAUCCGGCACUUUUGCGUUCCGGUCGAUUAGACCGUAAGAUUGAGUUUCCGCAUCCAAAUGAAGAGGCCAGAGCUCGUAUAAUGCAAAUACAUUCAAGACGUAUGAAUGUCGACAAAGAGGUCAACUACGAUGAGUUGGCCCGUUGUACGGAUGACUUCAACGGCGCUCAGUGUAAGGCGGUAUGUGUUGAGGCCGGUAUGAUUGCUCUGCGCCGGAAUGCCUCUCAAGUAACUCACGAAGACUUUAUGGAUGCCAUACUCGAAGUCCAGGCGAAGAAAAAGGCGAAUCUUAAUUAUUACGCUUAAUAAAAAUAUUUACUUU